UCGACUCACCACAUCAGGCAGGCAGCAGGCAGGCAGUGAGAGGCAGCCUCAGUUGCAGGAGCAGGGAGAGGAGCAGGGGGAGAAGAGGCGUUGUGUGAUGAUGGAGGCGGCCAGCUUUGACAACGAGGAGAGCUUUGACGUUGACGAUGCCUCCUGUCUCUCCCAACAGAACCCGGGGAACAACUCCCCAGCCAAGAGGCAGAACAAGGUGAUCAAGGAGACCAAGAUAACAAUCAACUGCGUCACCUUUCCGCUGCUCAGUGUGACACCAGAUCAGCCAGAGCAGCAGCUUCUGAAGCCCAAUGAGUGGAGCUACUGUGACUACUUCUGGACUGACAAGAAGGACCCCCAGGGGACCCCCUCUGUGGGCGGCUUUGAGGUGUUGCUGCAGAAACAGCUGAAGGGCAAACAGAUGCAGAAAGAGAUGGCUGAGUUCGUCCGGGAGAGGAUAAAGAUUGAAGAGGAAUACUCUAAGAACCUCUCCAAGCUCUCCCAGAGCCCCUUGGCUGCUCAGGAGGAGGGAACCCUUGGGGAGGCUUGGGCCCAGCUGAAGAGGAGUUGUCAUGAUGAGGCUGAAGUCCACCUCAAGUUCUCCAACAAGCUCCAGUGUGAGGUGGAGAAGCCCCUGCUGACGUUCAGAGACAACUUCAAGAAGGAGUUGAAGAAGUACGAUCACCACAUCAUAGACCUCAGGAAGCAGCUGGCCAGCCGCUAUGCAGGCGUGGAGAAGGCCCGUAGAGCCCUGGCAGACCGGCAGAAAGAUCUGGAGGUGAAGACCCAGCAGCUGGACAUCAAGCACAUGAACAAACACGAGGAGGACAUCAAGAAGGCCCGGCGGAAAUCCACACAAGCAGGUGAUGACCUCAUGCACAAUGUGGACCUGUACAACCGGGCCCAGUCCAAGUGGUUUGAGGAGAUGGUCACCACAAGCCUGGAGCUGGAGAGACUUGAGGUUGAGAGGGUGGAGAUGAUACGACAGAAUUUAUGCCAGUACACAACGCUGCGACAUGAAACUGACAUGUUCAACCAAAGUACGGUGGAGCCAGUGGAUCAGCUGCUUCAGAGUGUGGACCCAGCCAAAGACAGAGAGCUGUGGGUGCAGGAGCACAAGACCGGGGAGCUCCGCCCUGUGGACAUGGACAUAUAGACAACUACACUGACAUACCUCAAGCAACCAGAGGGUAACACCUCCACCUCCAUACUGUCAGAAUCCCAGGCCUCUCACAGAACAUUCCAACUACAGCUACAGGUGCAGGUGCAUGUAUGUUCAGGAUAAGGUGAGGCCUGCACAUUCUGUCUAUGAUGAUAUCAGAAUAGCACAAUGUUAUCACAGUGAUAACUGAAGAAAAGUUAGCAUUCCCAAUGCAGUGCUUUUGAACAUACAAUGGAAAAACAAGAGAUAGAUCAAUAGUCCAAAUACCAGCAUGUUACAGUAACACAAUGUUUGAUAGUUUUACUCUGUAUAAUGAAUGCCACUAAACAAGCUUAAACAAUUAAUUUGUUGUUUAUCUGUUGUCAAAUUAGAAGUUUACACUAUUAAGAAUGAUAUUUCAUUUUUCUGUAUUUGAGGAUUUGAUUGGAUGCAUUGUAAAACCUCCGAAUUUUGGCAUAUAAACUGAACAACUAAUUAUUAACAUUUCACUUUAUUUUAGAUAUUGGAAUAUGAAACAUUAUGUGAUAUCCUAGAUUAAAUAUGAUAUAUUUUCAUCUUUAUGCCAAUUCAUUUUACCUGUCAAGAUAUGCAUGUUUUGGGAAAAUAUCUUACAUUUAAUGUAUAUGGUUAAUUGCAUAUUUGUGAAAUAUGGUGGCUGUCUUGGCACUGUAGAACAAUGUAUAUGGGAUGUGUUUACAGAAAGUAUAUACUCCAAGUUACUACACUCAAUGAACAAGAGUGAAACAACUCAUUAAGGUUUGUCAUGAACAUGAAUUUAUGUACAACAUUGAUACACAUGUCAACCUCUCUCAAAGUUGAACAGGGUAAAAUGAUUAGGAUUGUGAAACAGCAUGUUUGUCACAAGUCACCUCAUGUGGCAGAUUGGAACAUAGGCCUGAGUCUAUUUUGGAUCAGUGGUGAGACAAUGAUGACGACGAUCCAUGUUACAAUGAACACCUUUUAGUGCCUAAAGGUUAUAAACAGUACCUGGAAUGUUCUUGAUAUAUUCUAUUCUGCAUCAGUGUAUAUUUGUAGAUACAAGCUAGAUGUAUUUUGCUGUUAACUGUUUAAGUGGCCUUGCACUUUCGGCCAGCUAAAUGUUUACCUUGUUGUUUGUCAAUGAAUUAUACAAGGUGUUUCACAUAAGGAUAAUAGUCAACAGAUUCUAAAAUCAUUCAUUUAUUUGCACGGGCACUUUGUGAGUCAACCAUUGCUUAGAGUUGGGAAUUGCUAUUUGGCAUUUAUCCUAAAUACAGUACACUUUGUAUAUCCAAGAGGAGUGCUCAGUUGGAAGCUCCAAGUCACAUUUAAAUGACUCGCAAAGCUCAUCAGAAAAAGUGGUCAGUGUUACUUGCACUGGAACCUGUACUUGUCCAUACAUUUCAUACAGUAUGCUAUUCACAGAUAAUAGCAUAUCCUUUAGCCAACAUAUCCACCUAAACAAACGUACAUAACAUAAUAUAAAAGACUGCAUGUUUGUGUGUCUGUCUGUCUGUCUCUCUGUAUUUUGCUGUGGGUUAGUUAUUCUGGAAGUACAACAGAGAAGGGAUUUAUUGUGUUAUUGGACCAUCUCCUCAAACUAUCAUUCCUUUCAAAUUCAAAUCUGGAUAAUACAUUCACGAUGACAAGACAUGCAUACAGAGAAAAGUUUACCGGUACAAAAUCUAUUCAGUAUAUACAUGCCUUAUCCGCAUUAUUUUUAUAUGAGAAAAUAUGAAAAUAGCAUUCAAAUGAUUUUUAAAAAUCAAAUCAGAUUCAGCAUGAUUUUGAUUUGCAUUAUUCUAUCCCAAACUACUACCGAUUGAAAUGUUGUACUUAUUGUAUAACUUAUCCUGCUACAGUAUGUGUCAAUGUUGUAUAUUAUAUGUGUUAUGGUAAAGUUCUUACGUUAGAAGUUAAUGUACUUAACUAAAUCAGUCAUUUUGUAUUAAUGUUAAUGUUGAUUUAAUUGCCUUUUGGUUACUGAUUUCCAUUUCUCAAGUACAUCAAUUCAAAUGUUUCCAAUCUUUAAAGAAAUGUCAAAUCAUUGGUAACCUUUGUCCAGACAAUAUACUGUAGAAUGCUGUGUCUACAAUAAAUAGUUUCCUUGGAAAUACGAUUUGACAAGA